UAAUUACCUGCUUUUUGUUUUAACAUAGGUUAUCUUAUGAUGAGGUGUUGCUAUGGCUAAUGACCCUUUAGAAGGCUUCCAUGAAGUAAACCUUGCUUCACCUACUUCUCCAGACCUUCUUGGUGUAUGUGAACCAGGAACUCAAGAGCAGACUACCUCACCAAGUGUCAUCUACCGGCCACACCCAUCAGCUCUGUGCUCUGCUCCCAUCCAGGCUAAUGCCUUAGAUGUUUCCGACCUUCCUACACAACCUGUGUAUUCAUCCCCCAGACGUUUAAAUUGUGCGGAAACAUCCAGUGUCAGCGUCCAUGUUACAGACCCGGUGCCUUGUUCUACCUCUGGAGUCACAGCGGGGUUAACUAAACUAACUUCAAGAAAGGACAGCUGUAAUGCAGAGAGGGAGUUUUUACAGGGUGCGACUGUAACAGAGGCUUGCGAUGGCAGUGAAGAUAUAUUUGGGUUGAGUACUGGUAGUCUGUCUCGUUUACGAAGCCCGUCUGUUUUGGAAGUCAGAGAAAAGGGCUAUGAGAGAUUAAAAGAAGAACUUGCAAAAGCUCAGAGGGAGCUGAAGUUAAAGGAUGAAGAGUGUGAGAGGCUUUCUAAAGUGCGAGACCAACUGGGCCAGGAGCUGGAGGAGCUCACAGCCAGUCUCUUUGAGGAAGCUCACAAGAUGGUGAGAGAAGCAAACGUCAAGCAAGCAACAGCAGAAAAACAGCUGAAAGAAGCACAGGGAAAAAUCGAUGUACUUCAGGCUGAAGUGGCUGCCUUGAAGACACUCGUGUUGUCCAGCUCGCCCAUGUCGCCCACGCAGGAGCCUCUGCCCGGCGGAAAGACGCCCUUUAAAAAGGGGCACGUGAGAAACAAAAGCACGAGCAGCGCCAUGGGCUCCAGCCACCAGGACCUCAGCGUGGUGCAGCCCAUCGUGAAGGACUGCAGAGAGGCUGACUUGUCUCUGUAUAAUGAAUUCAGAUCUUGGAAGGACGAGCCCACAAUGGACAGAACAUGUCCUUUCCUAGACAAAAUCUACCAGGAAGAUGUCUUUCCAUGUUUAACAUUCUCAAAAAGUGAGUUGGCUUCGGCGGUCUUGGAGGCUGUGGAAAACAACACUCUGAGCAUUGAGCCGGUGGGCUUACAGCCCGUUCGAUUCGUGAAAGCCUCUGCCGUCGAGUGUGGAGGCCCAAAAAAAUGUGCUCUCACUGGCCAGAGUAAGUCCUGUAAACACAGAAUUAAGUUAGGGGACUCAAGCAGCUAUUAUUAUAUUUCUCCUUUUUGCAGAUACAGGAUCGCGUCUGUGUGUAACUUUUUUACGUACAUUCGAUAUAUUCAGCAGGGACUCGUGAAACAGCAGGAUGUUGAUCAGAUGUUUUGGGAAGUUAUGCAGUUGAGAAAAGAGAUGUCAUUGGCAAAGCUGGGGUAUUUCAAAGAGGAACUCUGAUGCUCUGCCUGGGACCAUACAUGAACCUCCUUGAAUAUCUGGAAAAUGGCUGAAUCUUUUUAUGGUUACUUGAUAUUUGUUUCCAAGGAGUGGGCCCAAGACUUUUUCCCUCUUUUGCUAAUUACACUAAGAAGUACUGUGAUUUCUUUUAAAUUGACCUAUGCUGUGUUUGCUUAUUCUUUAGUUGAGCACACUAUAAAGAACUACAGGUAAUUACUAGUGAUUGUAAUUUAUAGUUGCAAAAAAAAGCUAAAUAAAUAAAUGAAUGUUUGAGUG